CUUCUUCAUCUCUCGGCGCCUCGUCAAUAAUCCCCUCAGCCACCACAAAAGAAGCGCCUUUUGCAAAGUGAAAAGGCAUUACUCAUUGAAGAAGACUCACGCUAAGCCGACAUCACGAGAUCCUGGACAAGCAAGUCACUAAACUGCAGCAACAUAGCAAGCCGCCAACCACCAUCGAAACCCCGCCCUUGAUCGUUCUGCCCAUCUUGCUACAACAUCCCGAGUAGACCGUCUCGUACUAGGUUGCACCAACAUCUCCCGAUCGAAUUAAGCCAUGGACGCAACACCGACGUCCGGGGCGCACAAUGACGAAGCCAUCAUAACCUCACCUCCUGCUGUUCCUCAGCGAACUCCCUCCCAGACGAGUCUGCACAAGACCACCCAUGUCCACGCUCAUCGUCAGAGCUUUGCCGAGAAUCUGAGAAACGCGCCUGGCUCGCCUCGCGCCCAGCGACACCCCUCCUUCACCCAAGCUGCUGUACAGGAUCUUCUCAACCACCCACCUGCCGCCAAUAAGCACUCGAACCCGCGCUUUGCAGGCCGCGACUGGCGCGAUAUCUCGGUCAACGAGCUCGUCGCCCAAGAUGACUUCAGAUGGGUCACUCUGGACACCAGUGUCGAGGAGGCCUCGAUGACUCUCGUUAAACACAGCCCGUCCAACGUCGUUCUGAUCCGAGAAGAUGCAUCGUCCAAAACCGCUGUUUCAACCUUUGACUACAAUGACCUAAACACAUAUCUCCUCGUAGUUGUAGGACUCGCCAGGCCCGACGAGGAGCAGGUACCUCUGUACGACGAAAUCGUCAACAAGGCCCAGACAGGAGACCGUAUAGCCCUACGAGAUAUCCAGCCGCUUUGCCGCAAGGAGUCACUCGUCACCUUGCCCUUUGAUGAGACACUGGAACGAGCCAUCGAAGUGUUUGGCAGCGGUAUCCACCGCGUUCUAGUCACAAACCCCUCGGGCGACGUCAUCGGCAUCCUCACUCAGCUCAAGGUUAUUGAGUUCUUCUGGAAUGAAGGCAUCAAUUUUCCCGCCAUCGACAGAUUAUACCCCGUCCUGUUGCGCGAUCUCGGCAUCGGCACACAGCAAAUCGUUUCCGUCAACUCCGACAGUAUUCUAGGAGACGCCCUGGCGCUCAUGAACGCCGAGGGUCUGACGAGCGUGGCUGUUAUUGACAACGGCCACAAUGUUGUUGGAAACAUCUCCACCGUAGAUGUUAAGCAUCUGACGAAUGCUGCCGACGCGCCCUUGCUUAAGCAGUCUUGCAUGCACUUCAUCUCCGUCAUCCUAGGCGAGCGCGGCGUCGAGCACGGCCGCGACUCUUUCCCGGUCUUCUACGUGAACCCGUACUCGACGCUGGCGCACACUGUAGCAAAGCUGGUGGCAACUCAGUCGCAUCGCAUGUGGGUUGUUGAAUCAGCGUCUCCGUCUCCGUCCGCACCGGCUACUCCCUUGUUGGCGCCCACAACGUCCUCAGUGCUGGUGCCGGGCAUUGGUUCCGCGCCUCAGUCGCCUCUCCCGACCCAGGUUUCGCACGUUGUACCUGCCGCGGCCAUGCCAGGCGCCCAUCUCUCCGGCCGUCUGACCGGUGUCAUCUCGCUGACCGACAUCUUGAACAUGUUUGCAAAGUCGUCGGGACUGCGGCCGUCGGACCCGGGCGAGCAGCGAGCGCGCCGUCGCAGGAGCUCCAGCAGCUCCAUGCGGCCGAGUCUCGACUCGUCGAGACCGAGCCUUGACUCACGUCGAUGAGGAAGACUUGAUCUUUGGCAAAUAUGGAGCAACAAGGAAAUCCUAGAAAGCUUUACAUCAGCUUUUAAUGACUGGCGUUUAUGGGUUCGUCACAUGGGGCUUCUGCUCUGGCUAGAGCAUGCUUGUGCUCACUUUUCGUGCUUUUUUCUGUUUCCAUUAGACGGCCGAAGCUUCAGACGAGAUAUUCUAGAUCACUGUCGAUAACAAGCGCUUCCCGCAAUAUAUGUGAUCUGAAUAUUGUUCCAAUUUAUGCCGCUCAUCCGUAAUACAUGGGAUGAAUCUUCAUCACAUGCAUGAGCUCCGUACCUAUAUUGUGUCUGUCGUUCUCUAGGCAAGUGUCCAGACGUUGCCAACGACGUUGUGAAGAGGGCAAUCAUUCACUGAUAUCUAUACGUUCCACGUGAAGCAAUU